AUGAGGCUGUUCUUCAAAAUCGCCUCUUACACCGCCGCCGUUGGCCGCCGGAUUCUUCUGCAAACCUCAACACUCCCGUCGCGUCGCUUCCACCUAGAUUCUCAAGGAUGUGCCUUCAGCCAGUUGAACAAAGAUGAUAAGCCUCCUUGUAAGCACUUGUUGAAAAAUCUUUCUACUAUCAGUGCACAGCUGGAAAAGAUAUACAGUAAAGGACCCACCCGUUGGAUUCUGCUCGAAAAUCUCGAAAAUGCUUUAAAGGAGCAUCAAGUAAAUGGGGCAUUAAAAGCUUACAACGAUUUCAAGCGGCUUUACGGUUAUCCCGAUCGAUCUCACAUGUCUAACUUGAUAACCGAGCUUUCGUAUACAUCUGACUCCAAAUACCUUCAGAAAGCCUGCGAUUUAGUUAUUUCGAUUUCCAAAGAAAAACCAGUUUUACUUACACCUGCCUUGAUGACAAAGGUGGCCCUUUCUUUAGCCAGGGCUCAAAUUCCUGUUUCGGCUUCGAACGUUCUUCGGCAGAUGCUGGAGAAAAGGAAACUGCCUUCGUUAGAUGUGCUGAGAAUGAUUUUCCUUCAUUUGGUUAAAACAGAAAACGGGGUGUAUCUCGGCUCGAAUAUGUUGGAUGAGAUUUUUCACAAGUUAAAUGCGGAAAAAUCGGCUAAUGCUGAGUUGACUAGGCCUGACACGACGAUUUUCAACCUUGUUCUUGAUGCUUGUGUGAGAUUCAAGGCUCCUUUAAAGGGUCAUCUUGUUAUGGAGCUUAUGGCACUUAAUGGAGUCAUGGCUGAUGCCCACACUGCAGUGAUUGCUGCCCGUUUGCAUGAAAUGAAUUUCAUGAGAGACGAACUAAAGAAAUUUAAAGAUUACGUGGAUAUUGUGCCUAAAAAUUUGAUUCGCCACUAUCAGCAGUUUUACGAUUGUCUGCUUAGCUUGCAUUUUAAACUCAAUGAUAUCGAGAGCGCAUCUGGGCUUUUAUUGGAUUUGUGUAAAUAUAGUGAGUCGAAUGAUUUUUCCAUGGGUCAUCAGGUCGAUAAAGAGAAAAAAUCUUGUUCUGUAUCUAUUGGAUCGAGCAAUAUCAAGAUGGGAUUGAGACUGCAAUUUCUACCUCAGCAAUUAAAUGAGUUUUUCUAUGCCGUGAACAGAAAGCAGGAAUUUAUCUCGUGUAGAAAUGGGAGACUUAUUCUGAGCAAUAAAGGGUUGGCCAAGCUCGUUAUAGGAUACAAAAGAUGUGGGGAAAUAAGUGGGCUCUCGAAGCUUCUUAUUAGCAUAGAGAAAACGUUGUGUUUGCAAGAAAAUAGAAGCUUGUGUUCAGAUGUGACCGAAGCUUGUGUUUAUAUGGGAUGGCUUGAAAUGGCUCACGACAUUUUGGAAGACUUGGAAUUGGAAAAAUAUUGUGCGAGGGAAAGUUCAUAUUUAUCCCUUUUGACUGCUUAUUACGAUAAAAAAAUGCCGAGGGAAGCAAAAGGUUUAUUGAGUCAAAUGAGGAGAGUUGGAAUAAAUUUUUCCGAUUCAGAAUAUGGAAGGGAAUCAUCGAAUUUAAGUGUAACUUUACUGUGUAAAUCUGAUUUGGCCAACUCUAUUAUCCAGAAUAUGAGAGAAGGUGGUGAAGAAAAAUCUUUUCGAGUUCAUGAGUUCAACUCGUCUAUAUAUUUCUUCACUAAGGCUAGAAUGAUUGAAGAUGCCGUGCAAACAUACCUCAAAUUGCAAAAGAUGAAAAUCGAGCCUGAUGACUCGACCUUUUUCCAUCUGGUUUGCGGAUUUAUUUCCCUUGGGUUGUUUCGUCAGAUCACGUUUUUAUGGGGCGAUAUAAAGCGGAGCAUGGUAAGUUUGAAUAAGGUCUACAGAAGGGAUUUGUAUGAGUUGCUGCUGUUGAGUUUUAUUCAGGGAGGCUAUUUUGAGAGAGUUAUGGAGGUAAUUAGCUUGAUGGUGGAGAAUAAUAUGUUCCUGGAUAAAGGGAGCUAUAAAAACGAGUUCUUGAAAUUCCACAGGGAUCUUUAUCGGAGCUUAACUUUGUCUGAUGCAAAAGACGAGGUCCAAAGGAGGCGGAUCGAGCAAGUUCGGGCAUUCAGGAAGUUUGUUGGCAUAGUUUGA